AUGGCUCUCUCCUGUGAACCCCGCGUCCGCCGACACUCAUAUGCAGCACUCGAGGGCCCAGAGCACAUCAGGCUUCUGGUGCUGCAUCCAGCUUUGUCGAAAGACGCACCUCUACGAGUUGACUUUGUUUCAUCAACACUCGAGAAUCUCGAAGGCCGAUACGACGCCAUUUCAUAUACAUGGAGUCAACCUAUCCUAUCCUUCGCUCUACUCUUGGACGACGGCACGCAGGUGUGCGUGACGGAAAACCUUGACGGCGCGCUACGGUAUUUGCGUUACAACGACCGCGACCGACUCCUCUGGGCGGAUGCCGCGUGCAUCAAUCAACUCGAUAAUGCAGAAAAGGCAGUGCAAAUCCCUCUCAUGGUCGACAUUUUCCGUGGUGCUCAAAGAGUAAUGGCUUGGCUCGAUCCGGGUGGAGACACCACGGUCGAGCAAACAGGUAUGCGGAUAAUUGAGCGUCUGUCCCGGACGUCAAAGCAGCGAUACAUAAUAUGGGCAAGGGGUUACAGAGAAGUCACCCGUUUCAUCAAUCUGCCUUGGUUCAACAGACUCUGGAUAGUACAAGAAGUCGUCUUCAGUUCAGAAGUCUGCUUGAUUUGUGGUGACACAGAGAUUGCCUUUCCUCGCUUUAUUGCCGCGCUAUCUUUUGUUCAAGAGGAGCUUGGCCUUUUGAAUGACGAUGACAGGGCAAGAGUGGAUGCUAUUGUCAAGAUCGGGAGACUCUGGAGCCGCCGUUCGCUUUUCCCUACCCAAUUGUUAGGGGCUCCGCUAUCGCCGAGUCGCUCUGACAUUGACAGUAACGACAUCACAAAUCUGGUCGAGAAGUUUGCGUUGUAUGCAUGCACAGAUCCACGAGAUCGAGUGUUUGCUCUAUUUAGUAUGGCAGCCAAUAUCCAACCAGCCGGCUAUGUCUCCGAUAUUCUCCCCUCUUCGGCAUCACAAGAACAGGGCGCGGUUUCUAUAAGCAUAGAUUAUUCGCUAGAUGUACUUGAAACAUACAAGGCAUUUGCG